AUGGCGACAUUGGAAUUCUGCAGUUUUAGAGGUAGGGAAAUUUACUGGAAACUUAGAAAAGCUCGGUAUACUAUAAAUCUAUAAUUCAAUAUAAGUCGGCGGGUUAUAACAAGGACAUAGUUAAGGCGUGUUAGAAGCCUGUGUGAGUUGGGAAACAAAGUUUGUCCGAGUUGCCAGGGACUUUUGCGAGAUUUGGUCAACUUUAGUAAAAAAAAAUAUCUCUUUUUUAUUCUAGGUGUCUAAACAUUGGAGGGCAUUUCUUAAAUAAUAUUUUUGUUAAAAACAGCUUUAAUGAGACUACAAAGACGUUUAAUUUCAGAACCCGUGAAUCUUCGAUUACUCAUCAAUGCAAACAAGAGACUUAAAACCAUACCAAUCGAAGACUACUCUGGAUUCUUGACCUAUCUAAAAGAUGUCAGGGAACUUCUUUCCCAAAGGCCUUCAAAAAACCUGGCAAUAAUUUUGCGCUAUUCCAAUAGACGAGUUCCAUGGAUAACGCCGAAGAUUGCAGGAGAAAUGGGGACCAAAAUAAGAGGUAAAAUUGCCAUUACAAUUCAAAAAUGAAACAAAAAAUUUCUAUUGACUAUACUGUUGCUUAAAUUUAGAUUUAUUCGAUCAACGUUUUGUUGACCUGACAGUUUCUUCUUACCGCUCUUACGUCGAGCGAAGGCAACUUCAGCCGUUUUUGCAGGAGUUAAUUCCAGCCUUACGCAAUCUGACUUGUGGAUUGGAUGACUUGUCGACUUUUGGAGGCGCCUCGGUCGAUAGAAUGGAGCUAAAGAGUUGGUUUAAUCGUGAGCGAAAAAAUUGGUGUAAGUCAUUUGUCUUGAGUAAGAACGACAUAGCUUUCCUGGAAAAAAGAGCGGUUAAAAUGAAGGUUGAAAGUUGACGUUAAAAUACGAUUUUCUCAAGGUUGCAACCUCUUUAUAAAAUCUUUUUUAGACCUUCCGUAUCUGUUCGACAUCAAAGCGGAGAGUUUUAUAUGUGGCCAAGUUUUGAGCCUUGUUCAACUCUACAAAAGCAGGUGAGUCCCGGCUUUUUCUUCUUGAAGAAGCUAAGAUUUGAGUUGAAAUAUACGUAUGUCAACAACGAAUAGCAAGAAGCCAAAAAGUUACUCGUUAUUGGCGGGUUUAGAGCUAGCACUUCUGAGCCCCAAACUAGCCAGAUUUUGCUGUCAAAAGACUUGUUGAAAGUCACAGAUUUUUUUGUAAAUUUCCGCUGACUGAAGCCAUGAUUUUAGGCUGCCAAAUCAGCCUAAAUGCAAGUCUUUGGAAUGCUCUGUGGACAUGGACUUUGAUGUUCCUCCCAAUUUUUACCAAAACGUGUUUCAAGAGAUCUCCGAGGCAAUGCCUAAGCUUCAAAAGCUGAAACUAAUCGGGUCAGCGACUCAACGCGUUUCUGUAAGCAGAACAGAACUUGUUGGCCUACCGUAAUAUGGCUUUGAUUUGUAGGAAUUUGAAGUUUUUUCAUCACAAAUUGCGGAACAUAUCCUACAAAUUGCCAAACAUGCCAACUGUUCCACUAUUGGCGACUUUAAAGUCAUCAGUUUGGAUUCCGGCAGUCGCCAGAUGAUAUUGGGUUCCAUUUUCGAAAAGUUGAAGGUCUCUGAUGAUAAUGUAAAAUGGAAUGGAGAUCAUCAGCUUAUGUUUGAAACGGCAACCACAAAAAUCUUUGUUCGGUUCACAGUCUCUCGGCAAGAGGAUUCCAUUAGCGAAGUUGGAGAAGAAGAUGGUGAAGAAGCGGCGAUUUUGAGUAGGAGAAACGGAGACUGA